AUGAAGAAUUUUGAAAAAAAAACAAAUGCGUAAAUACGAAUAGUGUUGCCAUUGUCACUCGUACGAAAGACGCGUUUCGGUUUGAAUUCGCCGUAUUACUGCAGUAAUGCGAUACAAAGAGUUUUGUUGGUGCACUGUUGACAGCUAGACAUGAUAGAAUCACAUUUUUGAGUAGUUGAACAUAUUGCAUAUUUUCAUUUCAUUCGGAUUGUAAAUUUUGUGCGAAUUAAAGACACUGUGUUAAUUGAACAGCCUCUUCAUUGAACUCUUCUGUGUGUAAAUUUUUGAAUGCAAAGAGUUUAUUGUUUGGGGUUUCUGUUCAUCGUUCAACAUCACACAGCUUGGAAAAGAAAAAAAGACAGAAAAAAUCAAUAAGACAAUAGCUUUCGAAAUCAAACUGAAUCAAGAGUAUUUAAUGAUUUUUUGCUUGCGACCAAUGAUAUAAGAGGCCAAUUACAUAGGGAAAUUGUUGGCCUUACACGACCACUGACAAUUUCUUCUAUACAACAAUCAUCGCUGUUAUAAAAAAAAAUUGGUUCUGAUACGCAUUGGUUAUUUGUAAAAAAUCUCAUCGUCAUUUGAAGCUAUUCGAAGCAAUUUAUACGGUCAUUUGUGAAAUUUCGUUGCUAUUCAACGACUUAAUUAUCCUCAUUGCAUAACGAAAAAAGAAACCAUAUGAAAAUAGUGAGUAUGGAAGGUGACGCCUGUGUAAAUAGCUCUCAAAAUAGUGAGGAGGCCCAAGACGAGAUGAAUAACUCCGCAGACGACCAUAAUAAUGAUGCUGCCGACAAUCAUUUGAGACAAUUCGACGUUCUUGACGAGGUACAAGGAGAUGACAGUGGCUCUGAAAAUGGUGAUAACGAGCAAAAGGAACUCGAUUCAAGCGAUUCUGAUGUUGAGGAGAUCGACAUUGACAAUUUGCUGGACGAAGGCCUGCCCGAUGAUUUGCGCGAAAGCAAGAAAAUGCAUAAUUAUGAAGAAAAGUCCAAGCUAGUUCUAGAAGAAAAGGGUAGAAAUCAUUUCGAGGUUUUGCCAGAAGGAUGGCUUGCAGUGACUCACAAUAGUGGGCUUCCCAUUUAUAUGCACAAAGCAUCCAGAGUUUGUUCAGUGUCUCGUCCAUACUUUCUUGGACCAGGCAGUCUUCGGAAACAUCAAAUUCCUGUGAGUGCGAUUCCAUGUUUAAGCUACAGGCGGGCGCUCGAAGAAGAGAAAAAACUGAAAGAAAGCGUUGAAAAUGAAAAUUCUGAAGUAACGAAUGAAGAACAGGUUCAGAAGACUGCCGAAGAAUCAAAGUCCGCAUCAGAUUGCCCAUUUGCUAAUGGUGAUAAUUCGCAUGAGAACGAUGAAGCGACAACGACACCAAACGAAACGAACAAAGAUGAUUGUGAUGACAAACCUCCGCCAGCCAAAAAGCCACGUGUAUUUGGCGCAUUCAGCAAUGCCAAAAUUGAAACGGUUAAAGAAAAUCUCAAAGAGCAAUCGCUCACCGUUCAACAAAUCAAUGACUACUGCAAGAAUUUGUUUAUAUUCAAAAAUAUUCGUGUGAUGCGAUUUACAUCGUGGUCAGCUCGUCGAAAGUUCACAAAGCACAAAAAGAAUAUAAAGAAUUUGCAGCGACCAACUCUUCCCGAUGGCACCAAAUUGAUAACAUUUCCAAUCAUUGCGAAUGACGCUGAAAAGGACAGCCGUGCCAAGAAACAGUACAUCAUGAAUCCGAAUGGAAAGAGCUACAUUUGUAUACUGCACGAGUAUGUGCAGCAUGCACUGAAGAAGCAGCCCACAUAUGAGUUUAAGGAAUUGGAAAAUGCAGCCACUCCAUACGCUGCAACGGUGUCAAUCAAUGAUUUGAAAUAUGGCACUGGGUUUGGAACAAGUAAAAAGCAGGCGAAAGCCGAAGCGGCUCGAGAGACGCUAGAGAUUUUGAUACCUGAAAUGCGUGAUAAAAUUACUGCCGAAAAAUCAAAUACGAAUAACAAUGGAAUGCAACCGUACAAAGAUUUGUCUGUAUUUGAUGAAAUACGAAUUGAGGAUCCACGUGUGACGGAAUUCUGUAAUAAAACCACUGAACCGACACCGCAUGCCAUUCUAACGACUUGUCUUCAACGUAAUUUUGGUCUGGGCGAUAUUAAAAUUGAUUAUCAAGUCAAUACCGGGCGACAUAAGCUGAACGAGUUCACCAUGACUGUGGGAAAACACAAGAAAACGGUGAUUUGUCGCAACAAACGUGAAGGCAAACAAAUCGCCUCUCAAGCCAUUUUACAAAUACUUCAUCCACACAUAAAAACCUGGGGAUCAUUGCUUCGUCUCUAUGGUAAUCAUUCGGUGAAGAGUUUCAAAGAGAAAAAGCAAGAGGAACAAGAAAUUACCGUGUUACAGAGCAAAGCUGCCAUAAAUCAACCAAACUAUGCCAUUUUGGACAAAUUAAAACUAGAAAUGACGAAGCUGAUGGAACGUCAAGCGGCCGUUCAACCAAUCGGAAAAUGGGCACCAGCUGAAAUAAAUUUGCCACUUGCAUCUUGUUCCAAUUUAAACAACGUAGAAUUGUAAACGGAAAUACAAUUUGAAUAGUUCAUGUUUAUUUUUUAUA